UUGCUUUUGGCAAUCUUUGCACAUUUGCCCCUAAGACAAUUGUUGAAAGUUUCUUUGGUUAACAAGAGAUGGCAUCGUCUUGCGUGUGAUGAGUCUCUCUGGCAGACACUUGAUUUGGCUGGUGCAAAUCUGAAGCCAGGAGUGAUUGGACGGUUGCUGCCUGCAGGUGUUACUGCAUUGCGCUGCCCAAGAUCUUGUAUUAGGGAUCCCUUGUUUAAAACAAAGAAAUAUCUUAAACUUCAGUAUCUGGAUUUGUCAAACUGCACAGUGUCCACUAUACAUCUUAACAGUAUUCUUUGCCUGUGUGAAAGACUGCUGAAGCUCAGCUUGGAGGGACUAGUGCUUUCUGACACGGUCCUAAAGAGCAUUGCUAGGAAUCUGAAUUUGACAAGACUAAAUCUCUGUGGAUGCUCAGGAUUUUCUGCAGCAGCCUUGAGGUUGAUGUUGAGCCGCUGUUCUAUGUUGGAGGAGCUGAACUUGUCCUGGUGUGACUUCACAGCCACCCAUGUCAGAGCAGCUGUCAGUCAUAUUCCUUCAGUGGUCAUCAGAUUAAAUUUAAGUGGAUAUAGAGAGAAUCUACAAAUGGCAGACGUAAGAACACUGGUGAGAAGAUGUCCUUUGCUUGUCCAUUUAGACCUCAGUGACAGCAUGAUGUUGAAGCCUGAGUGCUUCCAGUAUUUUCAGCAACUCCAGUGUCUUCAGCAUCUGUGUCUUAGCCGAUGUUAUCAGAUAUCACCUGUUGCCUUGGUAGAACUUGGUGCAAUUCCAACACUGAGGACUCUUCAGGCAUUUGGCAUAGUGACUGAUGCCUCCCUGCGGUUCAUCGGGAAUGCACUGCCUGGCGUUAAGAUCAAUCAUUCAUACUUUACAACCAUUGCAAGGCCAACAGUUGACAAUAACAGCUCUGAGAUUUGGGGCAUUAAAUGCAGAUUGGCACUGAGAAAGUCUAGUAACUAA